AGGGUGGCUGCCUGCAUGGUGUGAGGUUGGACUGGCAUGGGAGGCUCCCUCUGACCGCCUGUCCUUCUUGGCUCUUACAGAUGGGAGGAGGAGCUGGCCAAGAGCAUGAACCUGCAGACCAUGGUGGACACGCUGAAGGAGGCGGCGCAGGAGGCCGAAGCCAUCCAGGAGGAGAUGAACGAGACGAUCGAGAGGCUGAAGGCCGAGCUGGUGGUGUUUAAGGGGCUCAUGAGUGAUCCCAUGACAGACCUGGACACAAAGAUCCAAGAAAAGGCCAUGAAGGUGGACAUGGACAUCUGCCGCCGAAUCGAUAUCACGGCCAAGCUGUGCGAUGUCGCACAGCAGCGGAACUCGGAAGACGUGUCCAAGAUCUUCCAGGUGGUCCCCAAAAAGAAAGAGCGGAAGGUGACUUCGGACGAUGACAUCUCCGAGCAGGACGGGGAGGUGAACCGGUUCUCAGAUGAAGAGGUCGGCUCUGUGAACAUCACAGACGAGAUGAAGCGCAUGUUUAACCAGCUGUGAGUACUCCCUGCCCCAGCU